AUGGGGCAGCUCUGCAAGUUUAUGCUCGAGCCGUGGUCGAUCCCCGGGUUCGUGUGCCGUCGGCUGUUGCUUGUCGCUUGUGGCGUCACGCCAGGCGAGCAGCGUGACAGCGAGCGGCGUGACAACGAGCGGCGUGACAGCGAGCGGCGUGACAGCGAGCGGCGUGACAGCGAGCAGGGUGACAGCGAGCAGCGUGACAGCGAGCAGGGUGACAGCGAGCAGCGUGACAGCGAGUGGCGUGACAGCGAGCAGCGUGACAGCGAGCAGGGUGACAGCGAGCAGCGUGACAGCGAGCAGGGUGACAGAAAGCAGCGUGACAGCGAGUGGCGUGACAGCGAGCGGCGUGACAGCGAGCGGCGUGACAGCGAGCAGCGUGACAGCGAGCGGCGUGACAGCGAGCGGCGUGACAGCGAGCGGCGUGACAGCGAGCAGGGUGACAGCGAGCGGCGUGACAGCGGCAAUAAGCGUGACAGCGAGUGGCGUGACAGCGGAGAGAAGCGUGACAGCGAGUGGCGUGACAGCGAUGGGACGUAUUGCGCCGACUGA